AUGGCCAUCCUCCUGAUAGCUGGGAUUGGCUUCGUGCUGUCCUGUAUCGUCCAGGCUGUUUAUCGGCUGUAUUUCCACCCUCUGGCUAACAUUCCCGGGCCGAGGUUGGCUGCCAUCACCCACGGUUAUGAGUUUUAUUACAACAUUAUCAAAGGUGGUGUGUUUGUAUGGGAACUCGAGCGACUGCAUCAGAUCUAUGGCCCCAUCAUCCGCAUCAACCCCCGCGAAGUCCACAUCAAAGACAGCGACUACUACGAUGAAAUCUACGCCUCCAGCACCCGCCGCCGCGAAAAGGACCCCGUCCACGUCGCCAAAUUCGGACUCCCGGGCUCCGGCUUCGCCAGUAUCGACGCUGAGACGCACCGGCAACGGCGCGCGCCAGUGGAGAAGUUCUUCUCGAAACGCGCGAUCCAGAACGUCGAGGGCGUGAUCUACGAGAGUAUCGAUACGCUCGUGCACCAUCUGCGGGCGGCGCACAAGUCGCAUGCCGUCGUUAGUCUGGAUGCGGGGUUUGCGGCCCUCACGUCUGAUGUGAUCUAUCAGUAUGCGUAUGGGUAUAAUCCUGAUAAUCUGAAUAAGGAGGGGUUCAAUGCCCAUGUGCGAGACGGGAUAAAUGGGCUGUUUCAGCUCGCGCAUUUACUUUAUUUCUUCCCCGUGCUGCAGACAAUCAUGGAUAUGGUGCCGCUUGGGUUUCUGAGAACGACAAACCCCGCCGCGUAUGCGCUUGCAGCGCAGAAAAAGGAACUCUACGAUGAAGCCGUCAAGGCGGUUGAUGCCGCGAAGGCGAAUAAUAACGGCACAAUGAUACAGCAUCUCGCGGGGCCGAAUAUGUCGGCGCAGAUGCGGUCGCCGGAACGGUUGAUGAAUGAGGGGUUUGCGUUAGUGAUUGGGGGGACGGAGACAACGGCGCGAUCGCUGGCUGUGGCGUUUUAUCAUUUGUUGGAGAGGGGGGAUAUUCGGGGGAAGCUGAGGGGGGAGUUGAAGACGGUGAUGCCGAUGCCGGAUUCAAGGCCCAGUUGGAAUGAGCUGGAGCAGUUGCCUUUUUUGUCUGGAGUGAUUGCUGAAGCGUUGCGUCUUUCCACUGGUAUUGCGAAUCGAUCGUCUCGAGUUGCGCCUACUGAAGCAUUGGUGUAUAAAGACCAUGUGAUACCCCCUGGAACUCCCGUCAGCGAAACCAACUACUUUGUCCUCAUGGACCCUGAAAUCUUCCCCGACCCGCACGCCUUCGACCCUGAACGAUGGAUGCGAGCCGCAGCAAAGGGAAACCGACUAGACAAGUAUCUCGUCAACUUUUCCAAGGGCAGUCGGAUGUGUGUUGGAUUGAACCUGGCGUAUGCGGAGCUUUUCCUGGUGGUCGCUAGUCUGGUGCGCCGGUUUGAGAUGGAGCUGUACGAGACUCCCAAGGGCAAUAUCGAGUUUGCAAAGGACUUUGGGACGCCGUAUCCCGAGUCGGGGAAUAUGAGUGUACGGGCGAUGAUUACGGGUGUAAUUACCGAGUAA